AUGAUAAUGGACUUAAAUUUCUUAGACUCCACCCCGUUCACGCUACACAACCCACAAAAAACUUCAACCGAUAACAUUUACGCUCUACUCAUCAACGAAACCGAAUCGAAAAGCGCCGAAAAACAUAAAAAUAAUAAUACUCUCUAUAAUAUACAAUAUAUACCGCCCACACCCGCUCCCCUAUGCGAGAGCGAAAUGACCAUGUUACCACCGUUCUAUAACAAUCAACAUCGGCCACCGUCCAUCAAUUCUAAUGCUACGUUUAAUGAAAAAUGGCGUAAUAACAAUUAUUAUAAAUCCCAUUCUAUCUCUAUACCACUGCCUACACAUUUAGAAACUGAUUCGGCGGAGCCAAGUCCCACACAGGCCUUUGGACCGAAAAUAGAAAAUUCCGAUAUACCCGGUACGGCCAUGCUCAAGGAAUUGGGCUUAAAUUUGACGGCACCACCCACACCAGAACCAGAGGAAUUUAUAGCAGACAAGGAGGUAUUGGGGGCUGUGGACUUAGAGAAGUCUAUAAAUAAGUCGGAGAAAAAUAUAAUGGAGGAUCAAUUUGCCUAUAAACAAUUGAUGCCUUAUGAAAAAUCUAGACAAAAUUCGAAAAAUUCUUCAAUGGACUCGAGUCUUAAUGGCAGUCAUUACAAUAGCCGCAAGCAUAGCAAACGUAAUUCGGCCAGCGAUGAUGAGGACCUGGCGAGACGUGUUAGUAAACAAGAUCGUGAGGGUUUGGAUUCAGAAUCUCUAAUGUUUAGAGAUGGUCGAAGAAAAAUCGAUAUGGUUUUAGCCUGGGAGGAAGAAGAUUUGGGAGUAAUGACCGAAAUUGAAUCUAGAAAGAAAGAUUAUCGUAAAAAUUUCAUGGAGAACUUAAUAAAGGAGGGUCUAGAGGUAGAGCUGGAGGAUAAAACUCAGUCCUUCAAUGAAUGCACUUAUUUUUUAAAAAUACAUUUACCCUGGCGUUUAGAGACCCGUCUGGCAGAGGUGAUGAAUAUUAAAUUACCAGUGAAGCGGUUUAUAACCAUAUCGGUUAAGUCCUCUUGGGAUGAGGAAAAUAUCAUGGUGCGUAAUAUACAAUAUUGGAAAGAAAUAUGGCAAAAAUUGACGAAACGUAUACAAUUAGAAGAAAGUGUUUUAGAGGGAGAGACUACCUUCAAGGCUGCCACAGCCAAUGGUAAUCCAGAGGAACAAUUUAUUGUCAAAGAUCGUGCCACUUCAUUUACCAGUGCCCAAAGAUCUUUAAUGGUCAUGCAGGUUUUACUGCGCACCCCCUUCGAUGACAGUGAUCGCUGUGGCAUUAGACGUUUACUAAACGAUAACACUUAUCUCGCUUGUUUCCCCUUGCAUGAGGGACGCUAUGAUCGUCCUCACUCUAGUGGUGUUUCUCUCGAUCGCCGUGUUUUAUACUUAACCUGGGCCCAUCCUUCUCAGUGGUAUAAAAAGCAGCCCUUGUGUUUGGUGCGCAAAUAUUUUGGUGAUAAAAUUGCUUUAUACUUCAGCUGGUUGGGUUUCUAUACGGAAAUGUUAGUAUACCCAGCCGUAGUGGGUACCUUGUGUUUUAUUUACGGUCUGGCCACUUUGGAUUCAGAGGAUAAUACACCCAGCAAAGAGAUUUGUGAUCAAACAGGUGCCGGUAAUAUUACUCUAUGUCCAUUGUGUGAUAAAGCCUGCAGUUAUCAGGGUUUACACGAUUCAUGUCUCUUUUCGAAAAUCACCUAUUUAUUUGACAAUCCUUCGACGGUGUUUUUUGCCAUAUUCAUGUCAUUUUGGGCCACCACUUUUCUGGAGCUGUGGAAACGUAAGCAGUCGGUUAUUGUUUGGGAAUGGGAUUUACAUAAUGUGGAAUCGGAUGAGGAAAAUCGUCCGGAAUUCGAGACAAAUGCCACGAGUUUUCGCAUGAAUCCGGUAACCAGAGAAAAGGAACCGUAUAUGUCAACUUGGACACGAGCCAUACGUUUUGUUAUUACCGGGAGUGCAGUAUUGUUUAUGAUAUUCAUAGUUUUGUCUGCUGUAUUGGGUACCAUUAUCUAUCGCAUAUCGGUUGUAACCAUCAUUUAUGGAGGCGGAGGAUUUUUUGUUAAAGAACAUGCCAAAUUGUUUACCACAGUGACGGCGGCCCUGAUUAACUUGGUGGUUAUUAUGAUAUUAACCAAGAUCUAUCAUCGUCUGGCCAUACGUUUAACGAAUCUAGAGAAUCCUCGGACUCAAACGGAAUAUGAAGAUUCAUAUACUUUUAAAAUAUUCUUCUUUGAAUUUAUGAAUUUCUAUUCAUCCUUGAUAUAUAUAGCCUUUUUUAAGGGACGUUUCUUUGAUUAUCCGGGUGAUGAUCAGGCACGACGAAGUGAAUUUUUUAGACUGAAAAAUGAUAUUUGUGAUCCGGCGGGUUGUCUCUCGGAAUUAUGUAUUCAGUUGGCUAUUAUAAUGGUGGGCAAACAAUGUUGGAAUAAUUUUAUGGAAUAUUUAUUCCCAAAAUUCUAUAAUUGGUGGCGACAACGUAAGCAUAAACAGGCUACGAAAGAUCGUUCGCAUUUGCAUAUGGCCUGGGAACAGGAUUAUCAUAUGCAAGAUCCGGGGCGUUUGGCUUUAUUUGAUGAGUAUUUGGAAAUGAUUUUGCAAUAUGGUUUUGUUACUUUAUUUGUGGCCGCCUUUCCUUUGGCUCCUCUAUUUGCCUUACUCAAUAAUGUGGCUGAAAUCCGUUUGGAUGCCUAUAAAAUGGUUACCCAAUCCCGUAGACCCUUAGCCGAGCGUGUCGAAGAUAUUGGCGCCUGGUAUGGUAUAUUACGUAUUAUUACCUAUACCGCGGUCGUAUCAAAUGCUUUUGUCAUAGCUUAUACCAGUGACUUUAUACCGCGCAUGGUUUAUAAGUUUGUUUAUUCGGAAUCGAAUACUUUAGUGGGUUAUAUAGAACAUUCAUUAUCGACAUUUAAUACCUCUGAUUAUAAAGAGGAAUGGGGUGCCAAAACGGAAAAGGAUCCAGAUACUUGUUCGUAUAGGGGUUAUAGGAAUGGUCCUCAAGAUUAUGAACCUUAUGGCUUGAGUCCUCAUUACUGGCAUGUGUUUGCCGCUCGUUUGGCUUUUGUAGUAGUAUUUGAGCAUAUUGUUUUCGUCAUUACCGGUAUUAUGCAAUUCAUUAUACCCGACAUACCGGCCGAGGUCAAAACCCAAAUGCAACGCGAACAACUUUUAGCCAAAGAGGCCAAAUACCAACAUGGCAUGAAGCGUGCUCAAGGCGAUAAUCAGGAUCUAAUGAGCCUUUUCCGUGAAGCCAGCAGUCGUAAUAGUAUUACAACCGCCAGUUUACCUCUAAAUGGUAGUGAAGGUGGCGGUAGCACAGCUGGCCAAUUUGCCACAAGACGUAAUUGGGCUCGUAGAUUUUCACGUUUAAGUGAUGGACUCGAUGCUCACGUUGAGGUGACAGCACGUCCGAGACGUUCAAUGGAAUCGACAGUGUGGGAGGUUUCCUGACAUGAAGAGGAAGCCGAAUCGGAGGAUGUUAUAUAUGCCAAAAGUAAACAUUAACACAGAAAGCAUUAAGCUAAAAAAAUUUUUUUUAAAUUAAACUACAUUCUACAUGUGUAAAGUUUUUUUUUUGUUUUGUGUAAAACAGUACAAAAGAGGU